AGGUAGUAAAUGCCACCCUCCAGACCCAAAAAAUUCCCUGGUUCGCGCGCGCGGAUGGCAACAUCCCAGCAAGUACACUCUCACCCAGGUGGAUACCAUGAAAGGCCUCCCAUCACUGCUGAACGGCAGCACCAGCCGCAGCAAGAAAUGGACACAAUCCACCCCAUCCACAGAUACUGCAGAGGAUGAGGGCCAGAGUGGUAGUACUAUAACACCCACCAAGCCGCCCUCAGCGGACACACCCCCAGGCGGCUCAAAAAACCCCAUGAUCUGGACGCGAAGGAAGAUAACAUGGCUCAUCACCCUGAUAGCUCUAAGCGUAGCCAUAAUCGUGGUGGUGAUAACCGUCCCAGUAGUUCUCCUGGUGGACGAUGCCCACAACGACGAUCCCAGCUACUACAACAGCGCCAACCGUCCAGUCCGCGUCGUGCAUGAUUUCCCCGACCCGGGGCUAAUCCAGGUGAACAGCACGUGGUAUGCAUAUGCUACAGUCGCUACACCAGAUAAUCCCGAUGUUCCUCACGUCCCGGUAUCGACAUCGCGGAACUUCAGCAGCUGGACCUGGCUGCAAGGAUACGAUGUCAUGCCGGCAAUGAGCAGUUGGGAAACGAAUAUGAAUCAGUACGCUCCAGAUGUGAUUCAACGCAAAGACGGCCGUUUCGUCCUCUACUACUCCGGCGAACUAAAAGACUGGCUCCGCCACCACUGCGUCGGCGCCGCCGUCUCCAACACCACAAGUCCCCUAGGACCUUACAUCCCGCACAACAGCACCCUCGCCUGUCCCCGCGACCACGGCGGCGCCAUCGACCCCGCCCCAUUCAAAGACGUCAACGGGACCCUCUACGUCGUCUACAAAGUCGACGGCAACAGCGUCGGCCACGGCGGAGACUGCAACAACGGCAAGAAACCCAUCGUCUCGACACCCAUUAUGCUGCAACAACUCAACGACGACGGCGUCACUCCCGUCGGUGACCCCGUCGAAAUCCUAACUAAUGAGAAAGUCGACGGACCGCUAGUCGAAGCUCCGGAUAUUAUCCGCACUGAUCGGGGCAUCUACUAUCUGUUCUUCUCCUCGCAUUGCUAUACCUCGUCAAAGUAUAGUGUUAAAUAUGCAUGGUCGACGUCGUUAAAGGGGCCGUAUACGAGGGCUGAGAGGCCUCUGUUUCGAACUGGGGACUUUGGACUGAAGUCUCCUGGUGGUGCGACGGCUUCGAUUGAUGGGAGUAAGAUUGUUUUUCAUGCUUUUUGUGGGGAUUAUCGGUGUAUGUUUGCCGCGGCGAUGAAUAUUACGGCGAAUUAUACCAUUUUGCCGGCGGCGCUUUGAGGGUGGCUUUGAUGUAUUAUAGAUUUGGUAGAUUUGGUUAUGAUGUACAUAAUAGGAUAAAAAGUUAUAGACCAUGUUCCAUACACGAGGCAAACGUUUCAGCCAUC